CCCGCCCCACGCCCACAGCCCUUGUUCUCCGAGCGGCACCACCGGCGCCCGGCGGUGCGAGGCCUGCGGAAGAAGCCUGUUCUCGCGCCGCUCCCCGUGUCGCUCCGCUGACGGUGCGAACGCGUCGGGCGUCGGCGCGUCCCUCCGCGCUCUCCGCUGCCGGAGGUAGUUUGGCCCUCGGCGCCCGCCGUAGGCUGCGUCGCGGGGCUUCGGGGAGGCGGCGGGGCCCGGUCCAGUGUUUCAGCCAUGUCUGACAAAAGCGAACUGAAGGCAGAGUUGGAACGAAAGAAGCAGCGAUUAGCUCAAAUCAGGGAAGAGAAGAAAAGGAAAGAGGAAGAAAGAAAGAAAAAAGAAACUGAUCAGAAGAAAGAUGCUCUUCCUGUACAAGAGGAAUCUGAUCUUGAAAAGAAGAGAAGAGAAGCUGAAGCACUGCUUCAGAGCAUGGGGUUGACACCCGAAUCUCCUGUUGUCCCUCCUCCUACCUCUCCGUCUUCCAAAUCUGUGAGUACACCAAGCGAGGCUGGAAGCCAGGACUCUGGUGAUGGCGCUGUUGGAUCUAGGACGCUGCAUUGGGAUACUGAUCCAUCAGUUCUUCAGCUCCACUCUGAUUCCGAUCUGGGACGUGGACCUGUUAAACUUGGAAUGGCCAAAAUUACACAAGUUGACUUUCCUCCUCGGGAAAUUGUUACUUACACAAAAGAGACACAAACACCUGUUUUGACUCAGCCAAAAGAAGAUGAGGAAGAUGAAGACGAUGUGGUUGCGCCAAAACCUUUAGCCGAACCUGAGGAAGAAAAAACAUUAAAAAAGGAGGAGGAGGAAGAAGCUGCCCCUCAUGAACUUACUGAAGAGGAGAAACAACAAAUUUUGCAUUCUGAAGAAUUUUUAAGUUUCUUUGACCACUCCACAAGGAUUGUCGAAAGAGCCCUUUCUGAGCAAAUCAACAUUUUCUUUGACUAUAGUGGAAGAGACUUAGAAGACAAAGAAGGAGAGAUUCAAGCAGGAGCAAAACUGUCCUUAAAUAGGCAAUUUUUUGAUGAACGUUGGUCAAAGCACCGUGUUGUCAGUUGUUUGGACUGGUCAUCUCAGUACCCAGAAUUACUUGUAGCCUCUUACAACAACAAUGAGGAUGCACCUCAUGAGCCCGAUGGGGUGGCCCUUGUAUGGAAUAUGAAGUACAAGAAGACUACCCCAGAGUAUGUCUUUCACUGCCAGUCAGCAGUAAUGUCAGCUACAUUUGCAAAAUUCCAUCCCAAUCUGGUGGUUGGUGGCACAUACUCGGGCCAAAUAGUGCUGUGGGAUAAUCGCAGCAAUAAGAGAACUCCAGUGCAGCGAACUCCACUUUCGGCUGCUGCUCACACGCACCCAGUGUACUGUGUAAAUGUCGUUGGGACCCAGAAUGCUCAUAAUCUGAUUAGUAUCUCAACUGAUGGGAAAAUAUGCUCAUGGAGCCUGGACAUGCUUUCCCAACCACAGGAUAGUAUGGAGCUGGUUCACAAACAGUCCAAGGCUGUGGCUGUUACUUGCAUGUCGUUCCCUGUUGGAGAUGUCAAUAACUUUGUCGUUGGCAGUGAAGAAGGCUCAGUGUACACUGCGUGCCGUCAUGGCAGCAAAGCUGGAAUCAGUGAGAUGUUUGAAGGACACCAGGGACCAAUCACAGGUAUCAACUGCCAUGCAGCAGUUGGACCUGUAGACUUCUCACAUCUUUUUGUCACCUCUUCUUUUGACUGGACAGUAAAGCUUUGGACAACUAAGAAUAACAAGCCUCUCUACUCCUUUGAAGACAACUCCGAUUAUGUGUAUGACGUGAUGUGGUCUCCAACUCACCCUGCCUUGUUUGCAUGUGUGGAUGGCAUGGGCAGGCUUGACCUGUGGAAUCUUAACAACGAUACUGAGGUGCCAACUGCAAGCAUUACAGUGGAGGGCAAUCCUGCUCUGAACCGCGUGAGAUGGACACAUUCUGGGCGAGAGAUUGCUGUAGGUGACUCAGAAGGACAAAUAGUUAUAUAUGACGUGGGAGAGCAAAUUGCCGUUCCUCGCAGUGAUGAGUGGACUCGAUUUGGUCGAACACUGGCAGAAAUAAAUGCUAACAGAGCUGAUGCAGAAGAGGAAGCUGCAACCCGCAUACCAGCGUAGAUGUUCAAAACCAGGCUGCAGUGCUAGACUUGCGAAUGAUUUGAUGCAGUUCUUAACAGUGUAAGCAUGUGUCAGUUCAAAUAAUAGCUUAAGGGAGGAAUAUAUGGAUUCAGUUAUGGACUUUGAAACUGUAUUAAGAUGACUGAAAAUCAAAACUUGCAUUGUCACUUUUUAUAUAUAAAUUACAAGCACAUUCUUGGAUUUGUGUAACUUUUAAUACAGUUAACUCUGAAUUUGCAAGGAAUUUCUUUUGCUGAAACACUAACCUGGUGUAAAUUUGCUGUUGGCCUUCUGAAAUUUCCACUUUGUCACAAUAUCUAUCUCUGAAAAGUAAAAGUUCUGUUUCUAAACUAAACUUUCUAUAUUACACAGACUAGCCUUCAUUAGGUAGUAAAGCUCUGAAGCAUUCUUUUAAGUUGAACUAUUCAACUUACUUGAUCAUAUGCAUGUGUGUUCCAAGUAAGUUUCAUUGUCUAUAUAUAGAUAAGCCUCAGACUCUGGUAGUGGGUAUUACAUGUCAAUAAAAAAUUGUCUGUAGUUACAAACUUACUUGAUGAUUGGACCUGAAUUAAUUAAAUACAUAUUUAAUACCAAGCCCUUUGUUCGACUUUGUGCAUUAGAAGGGGAGACUGAUUCAUAAAUAAAAAUUAGAUGAGCACUUGUCAGCUGCCCUAACCCCUAAUCUGUGUCCCUUCAGUUGGACAGUAGAAAGUUCCUGGAAGCUGCUGCUUUCAUUGUACUACACGCAGGACAGAGUGGUUUUCUAACCCCAACCCCCACCUUGUACCACAGCAAUCAGCCAAAAGGAAAAAGGCUUCUGUUGUUCAACUUUUCCUUUUCUAACAGAGAAGGAAGUAGAUUUUUACUUGACUCCUGUAGCGGGAUGGUUUGCAUUCUGUUAACUACAGACUUGCUACUAAUUUUCCAGUUGAGUUAAAGAAAAAUGUUUUAAUUGUUUUUUAAUAUCUUUAUUGAAACAACUUCUCAGUGGCUUUAAACAGAAUGGUUAGAAUUUCUGUUAAUGGUUAAAAUUUUUUUAGUACAUCUUUAAGACAUUAUGAAGUGUUGCAUCAAGACUGGUUUUGGAGUUUGUGCGUUUUGUUUUCUUAUUAAAUACCCUAACUCUUAUUAACUAGGCACUAAACCUGUACUGAUGCCUUUAAUUUAGGAUUCUAGGUUUGUUUCUGGUAUUCUUAAUCUGCUACAAGCUCAUCAUUUUGCCAGAAGAGCUGGUUUAUAUAUUCAAAAGUAGGAAAUAGAUUUCUAUUCCUGCUUAAUCGGCAUGAUGCCCAGAAGUGUUCUUCAUUGUUUUGAAGUGGAGUUGUUUGGGGUUUUUUUUCCAAUUUCUCCUUGUCUCAAUUCUGUUACAAACAGCUCAGACAUAGGCAGCAAUAACAAUUCUGUCUUCAGGAGGUUUUUUUUCAGUGAGUUUGAAAGUGAACUGUAUUUAGGCUUCCACUGGUGUUGGCUUGUCACAAGCUCCCCCCUCCCUUUUCAAUGCAAAGUAUUGCUGUUCAGUUUGACAUUUGCCUCGUCUGUUGCCUCCUCAACCUUACGACAGCAGCAUUCUGUUCAGUUGAGAGACGUGAACUUUAUAAAGAACAGGCACAUCAUGUGAUGAUUUUUACCCUUUAGACACAAGAACUGUCAGUGAGCAGAAUGUCUUGCUUUUGGGUGUUUUUAUAUUUUUUUUUUUCUGAGAGUGUUACUUAAAAAUACAUUUCCUUCAGACUUCUGUUUUCAGAAAUCCAGUAGAUAAGGUAUUCUUUCAGUGGACUGUGGCAUAAACAUAUAGGUUAUAUGGCAUUAGUUUUACAUAACUUCAACUUUUUAGUAACUUUCAACAAAACUACUCAGCAAUCCUUCCUGCUUGUGUUCCUCACAAAGCAGCCAAGUAUAGGUUAAAAGUGUUGUAAACCCUCUACUUGCAACAUUAAGAGAGCAACAGUGAUGCUAGAUACCGUAAACAAUGACCCUCGGAGACACUCUGUCCAGUUCUGGAACUGUAAGAAGUACAAAGGUUCUCUUGCAUUGUAAAGUCUCCUCAGGCCUCGCUCAAUGCAGUCAACAAGCUGUGACUAAGAUUAAAUGCCAUUUUUGUAUCUGUUUAUAAACAAAGUUUAGAACAACAUGUAUAGAUAUGGGGGAGAGUUCCUGGGAAGGCUGUCUCUAGAAAACUGCACCGAACAGGUAAUUCUUUAAAUAAAACAAAAACAAAGCCAGGAAGCUGCCUAAGGGGGUUGUAUAGGCGCAUGUUGCAGAAAAAGGGUUCAGACUUCUGAGUUCAGUGUAUUGUAACCUCUAGCUCACUAAAUAGUAUUCAACACCAGAAGACUUUGCAUCUUACUCAGAGUCUAGAACUAAAGGAGCGCUUGUCUGCAGUUGUAGCAUUCAGUUUUUAUGAAGCCACUUCUUCAUCAGCUGAUUAAAACGAUUAUUGGCCUGUUUCUCCUGAGCCAGAAACUGACAGAACCUGAAGUGUACUCAAGGAUGCUUAACCUAGAAGAAACACAUAAAACUCAAGAUUGGAGGUCUUAAUAUUUGAGUAAGCAAAGCUGAAAAUCCACCAAUCUCUUCUCUGACCAUAUGGGUAUUAUAACUCCUUUUCUUUUAGGACUGUAGAGAUCUAGACUCCCCUCUUUCCUCUGACAUUUUAGGCAUUUAAAAAUUACAUUAGAUGAACUUUUGGCAGACAUUAAGCCAGAAGGGGAUUGAGCUUUUCCUUUCUCCUCUCCUUCUACUUAGCAUCACGCUCACCUGGAAGUCUAAAUCAGUUUUGCAUGUAAGACUAUAAAAGUAUUUUUUCUAGAAUAACCUGAUCUUUCAGUGGUAAAACAAUUUACAAAUAAGGAGAACACCUUCUGUUUUUGUUAUAAAACUAUUUCCAUUUGGAGAAAAAAACUCCUGUAAAUCUGGAGUCUGCUAGUAACUGGUAAAUAUUUCAUUUUGUUUUAAAUAUGCUACCAUAGAGGUAAGGUCUAUUACGUAUUUAGUACUGCUGUGUAUUUUGAGGGAAUUCCUCAAUGGAAAGUAGUCCUGUGAAAUAAAAUACUGCAUGUGCUCCUCUAAUGACUGUGUUCUCUUCCACUUAGAAGCCAGCACAUGCUGUAACCAGCAGUGAAAUGCUUUCCUUUGUAG